UUCUGUUGGGAAGUUUCUGUAAGUGAGUCAACACGGCACAGGGAGGACGCCACCCAGCAGCACUGCCGCUGGAUCCAAUGCUGGGCUUCUCUUCUCCUCCCGAGGACCCAGGACACGAAGACAACUUCGCUUCGGUCUCUUCACAACAGCUGGGGAUUUAGUUUUUUACCCUUCGCACACCGGGGAUGGUUAUUGUCGUUUUGACGCGGUUUUUUCCUCAUUGGAAUUAACGCGGCGGAGGUGAAAUGAAAGUGACGGUGUGUUUCGGGAGGACCCGGGUGGUCGUUCCGUGUGGAGAUGGGAAUAUAAAAGUCAUCAGCCUUAUUGAAAAAGCGGCCAUGAGGUAUAAAAAGGCGAUCGCAAAGGACCUUAGCUACUGGGUCCAGGUCCACAGGUUGGAACAUGGAGAUGGGGGCAUUUUGGACCUGGAUGACAUGUUGUGUGACGUGGUGGAUGACAAAGACAGGCUCGUAGCUGUAUACGAGGAACAGGACCCACACAAUGGAGGUGACGGCACCAGCGCCAGUUCCACAGGAACGCAGAGUCCCGAACCCUUUGCCAGUGAGAUGAGUUCGGCAUCAGCCUUUCAGCCCUACCAGACCAGCGGCGAGAUCGAGGUCACUCCAUCCGCCCUGCGAUCCAACAUGCCUCUCCACGUCCGUCCCAGCAGUGAUCCCUCCCUGGUCGACCUUCCUGUGGGUGAAGUCUCAGUUGCUCCAGAGGAACCGUCCAGAAAGAACCCAGCUCGCUGGUCCACAACUGCUGGUUUCCAAAAGUACAACCACAAGCCAAACACAAGCACUGGUACUGGCAGCCUGGAACGAAAGGGCAGAGGAGCCCACGCCUACAGGAGUCUUCCACGAGAUGCGAGUGGCUGGACCACUCAGUUCCAGAGAGAGAUGACUCGCUCCUCCCUCAGCGCCAACCAUCCAAUGGUGGACCAGUGGCUCGACAGACAUGAGCAGGAGGAGCAGGAAGAAGAGCAAAGGAAACAAGAAAGGAGGAUUGAGCGGAUAGAGCCAGUAGGAAGGGCCGACUCCUCAUUGGAGCAUUCACCGGUGUUAAGUCUAGAAGGCAUGCUCAAGCCGGUCGAGGUGUCCAAUGAAGGAGGGCCCCUGGGGAUCCACGUAGUGCCUUUCAGUUCGCAGGAUGUCAGGACUCAGGGUUUGCUCGUGAAACGUCUGGAGCAGGGAGGCAAAGCUGAACAGGAGCGUCUCUUCCAGGAGAAUGACUGCAUAAUCAAGAUCAAUCAGGGAGACAUCCGCAACCUGCGCUUCGAACAAGCCCAGAACAUUUUCAAGCAGGCGAUGCGCUCCCCGGUCAUCCUCUUCCACGUGGUCCCCGCAGCCAUGAAGAGGCAGUACGAGCUGCUGUCAGGCCAGAGCGAACUCAGCCCACACCAGUCCAACAGAGUCUACUUCAGCCAAACCUCUCUGCAGGCGGGGGAAAGGUCCAGUCUAGUGGGCGGGCCGGCGUCCAGGCCUGGACCACAACCUGGCCUCAAUCACAAUCACCAGGGUCCCCUGGCAGGAAGCACUCCGGAGCCGAGCCGAAGGUACACCAUGUUGUCCCACACCAUGAUCACCAGGACGGCGUCGGCCCCCUCCCCCUCCCUGCAGCGCAGGAUAAGCACGAACCCGUCCGCCAGCUCCUACCUGAAGAACAAAGGUCGCAGACUCAACAUCCAGCUGAAGAAAGGUCCAGAGGGUCUUGGCUUCAGCAUCACAUCUAGAGACGUCCCCAUCGGCGGCAGUGCUCCCAUUUAUGUCAAAAACAUCCUUCCUCGAGGGGCCGCCAUCCAAGAUGGCCGACUUAAAGCAGGAGAUCGGCUGCUGGAGGUUAGUGGAGUUGACCUUAAUGGUAAGACCCAGGAAGAGGUGGUGGCCCUGCUACGAGCCACACCCAUGGGUGGGACUGUGAACCUGUUGGUGACUCGCCAGGAGGACUCCCUGCUGCCCAGAGAAGUGGAGACAGAGGAAGACGACAUGGUGUUAACACCUGAUGGUACACGAGAGUUCAUGACCUUUGAGAUACCCCUGAAUGACUCAGGCUCCGCAGGCCUGGGAGUCAGCGUCAAGGGCAACCGGUCCAAGGAGAACCAUGCUGAUUUGGGCAUCUUUGUAAAAUCCAUUAUCAACGGAGGGGCUGCUAGCAAGGACGGACGUCUACACAUCAAUGACCAACUCAUUGCAGUCAAUGGAGAGUCGUUGCUCGAGAAGACCAACCAGGAAGCCAUGGAAACGCUGCGCAAAUCCAUGUCUGUAGAGGGCAACAAGCGAGGCAUGAUCCAGCUCAUCGUGGCCCGGCGGGUGGCAAAAAACAAUGAGGAAGCCCCUGGCAGCCCUCCAGUUUUAGAGCAUCCCAUGAACUCUCUACUGGACAACCACGAGCGCCGGAUCUCUCACUCUCUGUAUGAAACCAUCGAGGGCUUGGACAACAUGUCGACACCACGGGCUAACGUGAUUGGACGCAUCGGUAACUACCAGCUCUCUCCGACCGUGAACAUGCCACAGGACGACAUAGUGAUGAUCGAAGACGAUAGGCCGCCCCUGCUUCCUGCCCACCUCUCCGACCAAUCGUCCUCCAGUUCCCACGAUGACAUGGGCUUUGUGGGAGAGAACCCGGUGCCCUGGAUCCACGAGCUGCCCGGUCAGAAUGAAUGCUCGCUCAGCCAAGACGCAGACCCGGAUGGUGCGUUCCAGAGGGAGGGUUUUGGUCGCCAGAGUAUGUCAGAGAAACGCACCAAACAGUAUGAAAAUGCUGCUCAGCUUGAGAUCAUCAAGACCCGCAAGUCCAAGAGCAUGGAUCUAGUAGCAGAUGAGAUUAACUGCAGCACAAGAACCAAUGGAGGCUCUGCGGAACAAGAGGUCGGACCGUCGCUGGGCCUGAAAAAGUCCAGCUCCCUCGAAAGUCUCCAGACGGCCGUUGCCGAGGCAACGCUGAACAGUGAGAUCAACGCCAACAGGCCGCGCUCGCGGAUUGUCCGGAGCCGCGGCUGCAACGAGAGCUUCCGAGCUGCAAUUGACAAAUCGUAUGAGAAUCCCGGCGUCACGUCGGCAGAGGAAGAGAACAGCAUGGAGACAUUGGACGAGGAUACAGAGGGAAGCUCCCGGUCGGGUCGUGACUCGAUGUCCACCAGCGGUGACCUCAUUGUGGGCUCAGGGCUGAACGGCAACCCCUCCAAAGAUGACAGACGGAAAGAUUGGGACAAGGUUGGAGGGAAGGAAAGGAAGAAACCUGAGAGGGAUAAAGAGGAGAAAGACAAAGACAAGAUCAAAGCCAGGAAAAGCAUGCUGAAGGGCUUGGGCGAUAUGUUCAGGUUUGUAAAGCACCGGAGGGAUGAGCGGCCAGGGGACAGGAUGGAGAGGAAGAGUUCCAGUAAAUCUAAAGCCGAGGACAUGCAGGCGUCAGAAGAGGAGACCCUGCGGAUGAGGCUGGAACAAGAGAGAAUUCAGGCCAAGACGCGGGAACUCCGGGAGAGGCAGGCGAAGGAGAGGGAGUAUGCCGAGAUCCAAGAUGUUGUCAGCCGCACCUUCAGCUCGGAUGAAGAGCACACCUACGCUGGCAUCGGAUCAUUAGACUCGUCGGUAGAUAGCAGCAGCAUGGACCCUUACAACCACCACUACCACCUCCCUCAAAGUCCCCAGAGCCCUCACCUCCCUUUGAGCCUUCCGGACAACGGUCCACCCCUGGAAGCUCUGUACGCCCAGGUCAACAAGCCUCGCAAUGGACGGCCUGCAGCUCCAGACAGCAAUCAGAUGGCUCCCAGUAACCACGACCGGAUACAAAGGCUGAGGAACGAGUUCCAGCAGGCCAAACAGGAGGAGGACGUCGAGGACCACCGGCACACCUACAGCUUUGACCAGUCCUGGGCGAGCAACGGGACAGAGACGCAGAGCGGACGUCACUCUGUGACCGUUGAGACUCAGGUUGAGAAACAGCAGCAAGACGACAGAGACGGUUUCCAACAGGCGCAGAGACAGUACAGCUCCCUGCCACGGCAACCUCGUAAGAACCCCAGCACAGCGUCCCAGGACUCAUGGGACAAGGUGUACAUGCCAGCAGAAGGAUUCCAGACAUCCAAGGACAACCCCCGCUACUCCAGCGUCCAGGGAUCACGUAACGGCUACCUGGGAACUUCCAACUUCAACGCCCGUGUCCUCUUAGAGACUCAGGAGUUGCUGAGGCAGGAGCAGAGACGCCGAGAGCAGGAGGCCAACAAGGCCAGGCCGCCCCCCGCACAAGAAACCCCCAGCGGCAGCACCUACGACCAGAACAGAGACCGCACUCAGGCCUCUGCCUCGGCCCCAGUGAAGUCCCCACCUCAAUCCAAGGGCCCCUACAGACAGGACGUGCCUCCGUCUCCUUCUCAGCUCGCAAAGCUCAGCAGGAUUCAGGGUUCGGAGAAAGGGAGGCCGUUUUACUCCUGAGAGAGUAACAAAAAACUGGAAAGUGGUAGUUUUGGAAUAGGACUGAUUCUACAGAGCAUUAACAGGGAAAAAUGUAAAGAGGGCAAUAAAAGUGCUGGGACUGUUGAUAUCAAAUGUUAAUAUUUGAAAAAAAAAAAAAAAAGAUUUUUUUACGAUAUGAACCGUGAUCCUUUUUAGCUGUGUCACAAAGAAAUGCUUUGAGAUGUUAUAUCGUCGACCAAUCCGGAUCAUUUAACCACGUUUAGAAGUGCCUUCUGGUCCAUUGAUGGUUCACCUUUUGUGUUCAUGCUCUGCAGCUCUGACCCAUCCACCUGACACAUUCAGCCGAGCAGACAUCACAGCAGAAGGCGAUUGGUUUUAGCAAUCGCUACAUCACCACGUCUGACAGCAGUCUGACCUGAACACCAUAACCCCAGGCACAAGACACGGCCCGGGCAUGUUUCUGUACCACCCGGUCAGGGCCCUCUGUCGAUAUCGUGUGAAUCAGGCUCAUUUUUGCUGUUCAUGGGGACUUUUCUCAGGCGCCGCUGUUCAUGUGUAUGUGGGCGUACGUGCUGGCAGGACUUGGCAUGUAGUGACAGAGUGUGGAGGUUAAGCAGCUUGUGUGAACUGUGGAGUCAGAGCUGUGGGCUUCGGGCAUGACCACUAACACCCCCCCCCCCUUGGUUCAGAGAAUUGUCCCUUUUGGUUUUCGAUACAACACUACCCUGAGUCUGUGUCCUCCUUCCAACCCCCCUCUUGUAUUUAAUAUGAUAAUCCUGAAUUCUCUGUUCCUCUCUGCUGGCUGCUUUAUCUCUGUUUUCUCUCUUCGUAUUGUCACCCUCACCAUACGGCACUCUCAGCGGAGGAAAACAGUUUUAGAUAUCCUUUACUCCUACCCCUCCCCACCCACCCUGGGAAUCAAGCAGUAUGAAUGGGGUCAGGUCUGGGUUAUUAAUUAAUGUAGCUCAUUAAAAAUGAAUGCACCCCUUUGUGUGUGUGUUUGUUGUCAUGUGUGGGCGAGGAGUACGAAACAGCGACCUUUCCGGCAUGGCUCUGGCCCCAGAUUCACUUUGAAUGAUUUGGCUGUAACCGAAGCCUGUUGGACCCGAGGUGUCUGAGCUGUUCCCCGCUGAAUAUUUCAUCAGGGUGGUUACAUCGGCUCUGCAGUGGGUGGCCUCACUGUGGGACUUCCUAUCUUUAGGCCUGAUACAAUUGAGCUGAUUUUGUUUUCUCUUCCUGAUUAUGUCCAUUGAUAGAAAACCACUUGGGAGCUUUUUUUUUUGCCAUUCAAUCAAUAACGAGUUGUGCAGUGUGUGUGAGAGAGUGUAUAUGUAUGAGCUUGUGUAUGCAUGUGUUCUUGUAGUUCUGUCCCUGGAAAAAUAUUUGAGCUUCAGUUCUCAGUGACGACACUUUUUGCAAUGUGAAGACAUUUUCCUUGAAAGGCAAAGUUGAUGAUUAAUCUUGGGUUAUUGUUAAAUUGGGUUUAGGUUCAGACUUUUCAUUUGUUUGGUAACUGAGAGGAGGAAGUUAGGAAAUUUCCCAGACUUCUUUUUUAUUUGAUCAGAGUUUUGGGGCCAUUUUGCUUCAGUAUGUUUACAUGCACUCAAAAGCAGGCUUCACAGAGAAACCAGGUUACGCAGGUAACAGGAGAUGCUGUUACUAUAGGAACCUGGUUACCAUAAAUGCAUAUAUACAUGCUGCAGAUCAGUGAUCUUUCUCCUUCACCUUACCUUACUAUUAUUUACUGUUGUUGUUGAACACUCUGCUGCUUCUUGUUGAAUGUUUGAAUUUUACAAAUUUUAAAUAGUUUAGUGAAAAACGUCUAGAAGCUACUUUGUGUCUGUUUCAGUUUUAGUCAGAUAUGGAUUUAUUUUGAACACAGGAUUCAUCACCAUGUGUAGUGAUCUUUCCCACCACCCAGCUGUCCCCGGUGUCCCAGCAGUACUUUCCCUGUCGGAGGCUUUUGUCACGCUGAUAAGACAAGCCAGGCUGUGCUCGGAUUGUCCACUCGUCCUCUCAUUCACUCACCCACUGCAUAAAAUUAAAUUUCACCUCAGGGACAAUAAAGUAUGUGAUAACUUUUUUUUAAAAUUACAUUUGCUUUUAAAGCAGCAGUCACCCCAUUGUUGUUACAGCUCGCAAGUAUUUCAAGAAGACAUUACUUAGCAACUUGCAGAUCUAUCCACUCUCAACAGGUAAUGAAAUCACAUUAGCUAGCGGCUAACAUCAGCGCCUAACCUGUUGUGUUAUCAAGACGACUACUUCUUCUUAUGCAGCACUUUCACAAGACAGGCUGCAAUGCAUGAUGGUCUGGCUGGAUUGAUGUAGUGGACAGCUUCUUUACGCUAUAUUGUGGUGAGCCUUGCGACAGUGGAUCAAAUUUACAGUUGAAAAUUCGAACAGCAUGAAAUAAUGGCUGAUUGGUGGGUGAGUGGAUGAUCUGAACAAAGCCCCAGUAACACAUAUGCAUGUUCAAGAAAAUAUACCUGGACAAAUUAUGAGUCUCUAAUUUCCUACCCAACUAUGUAGAAAUUAGCUUCCCAGGGAAAGCUAACUUUAGCCUGGUUACUAACAGCAUAAACUUCACUUGGAAUUACUUGAUUUCACCACUCAUCAUCAUUUAAAUUAAACAUAGACAGUUUAUCCUGCACCUUUUGUCAACUGUUUUAACAAGCUGUUGUUUUUACAAAAAAAAAAAAAAAAGGUGAAUCUCUGGUGAUCUCUGGCCUAUUCAUAGACAGAAUUUGUGCUUUUAAAGCCCUGUUAUUUCCUGUCCUGGGUUUAGGAUUAAGACCAGAAUUAGGAAGACAAAACUCCUGCUCACUAGUAGACAUGCAAAGGUUAGAGAAGAUUGGGAGUAAGAUUUAUAGAAUUUGUGUGGUAGAGUGCCUAUGGUCCUCACAAGUGCAGAAAAAUGAGCAUUUGUGUAUGCGCUUCCUCACACAAACAAGGGUACAGUAAAUAUGGUACUAGUAUGCUACCAAUUUUCCAGCGUGUGUGUGUUAGUGUAGGUGGACAUGUGUUUAAGUGUCUGUGAACGCUGCCAGUAACUGGAUGCUCCAAUAUGCCUGUGAAUAUGUCUUGGCAGCCAUAUGAACCGCUUGGCUGGCGAGUGGGAGAGGAGCAGAGGAGUAGGAGGGAGAGAGGAUGGGAGGCCUGACCUUGCAGAUGAUUCAGUCAAUGGAGUAAUCACAACUAUUCCUCUGAGUCUGCAGUACAAACAGGAGGUUACCAACAAGGCUGAGCUUUGCGUUUGCAGCCUCUUCUUCUUCUCUUCAUUUGUUUUACAUCUUGACAGUUUCACAUGUUUGUGUGUUUCUGUGGCUGAAUUAUUGGGUCUGGUUUGUGUGGAUGAAAGAAGCUGUGAGUAUGUGUGUGUGUGUGUGUCUGUGUGUGUGUGUGUGUGUGUGUUUGAGGGGGGUCCAUUCUGACGCAGCAGCUGUUUUAACUGAUGUCUGUGUUUUAUGUAUCUCAUGGACGGGGGAGGGGUUCAAGGGGCUGUAAUAUCUAAUGAGUUUUUUUUUCUCUCCUCAUGCAAAUUUGAUAAUAUCCCAUAAUACAUGUUUAUUAUUUGUGUUGUUUAAUUAAUGUUUGUGCGUUGCCUCUGUGACACAUGGAUUCUUCCCAUAAAGCUAUUGUUUCGGCAGUUUUUUUUUUUUUCAAAUCCUGGGAGAAAUGAGGAAUAUAUUGUUAUUGUUUCAUUGUAUUUUUACGACCAUCCCUCAUUGUGUUUUAUUAUCCACAAUAUGUUAUUAUGGUGGUAAAAGAUGACUAAUAUGUAAGCACAGUGCAAUUUUCCUUUUUACAACAGUGUAUCAUUAAGAACCGUUUCUGCUGUUCUCUGUACAUACAAUAUAAACUUUUUCAAUGAAUAAAUUGAGGGUAGUUUCAAUCCUUGUUACUUUUAA